AAAAAGAAUGUACCCUUAGUAGGUUGUGGAAUGACAAAGAAGCCUUGGAAGUAAUGAGAUCAAAAGAGGUAAGAGAAAGGACAAAAUUAAAGCACUCAAUUUAGGUCAAUAUUAUUCGGAUCCCAUCAGCAUUGUGGAUGAAGAACUUGAGAGGAUGCCAAAUCUAAAAUUUCUCAAGUUAUAUAGAGGGACUUUUGUUGGAGACAUCAACAAUAAUCUCCAAGAGCUAAGAUGGCUUUCUUGGCAUUUUCCUCCUUUAGAUCCUGGAAUGGCCAAUUUACACUUGAAAAAUCUAGUACUUUUCGAACUUUCAAACAAUAAAAACACCGACAACUGGGGUGGAUGGAACAUUUUGAAGAUGGAAAACAAAUUGAAAGUUCUUUCUCUCGUCAAUUGUGAUGGAUUGAAACAGAUUCUAGACUUUUCUAGAUGCGUGAGUUUGGAGAUACUCUCUCUUUCUUACUGUCAAUCCUUGCAAGAAGUUGACUCUAUUGGGAAACUAAAAGAUCUUACUCACUUGAAAAUUAAUUGGUGCAGAAAUCUUCGAAAUUUCCCGAAAGAGAUUGGAGGACUAGUGAAUCUGAAGCACCUUUCUCUCAACGGGUGCUUCAAAUUCAAGAAACUUCCAGACAUCGGGAAAUUAGCAUCAUUGUCUAAGUUGGAUAUAGCACAAACAAAAAUUACAAUUUUACCCGAUUCUAUUGGCAAUGCAAAGAAGCUAUCAUCCCUUGAUCUAUCAGGGACGUCAAUUAAGGAACUUCCAAUUUCUAUUGGAGAGCUUAUGCAACUCGAAUUCCUUUCACUCUCUUAUUGUCAUAAUUUUGUGGAGCUUCCGAGAAUCAAUAGGUUAUUUGACAAAAUUACGGAUGUUGGAUCUCUCGGGGACAGAAAUUAUUGAGUUACCUAAUUCGAUAAAGAAUCUCAAGCAGUUGAAGGUGAUGA